CAAUUAGCUGUCAAACGUCAAAAUCAUCGCGGUGCACGUCUGUUGCGUGAAAUCCGCCAAAUACAGGGCGCAGGGAUAUGUGUUUCGCAAGCGAUUGUGUUUGUUAUUAGGAAUAUUGCUGUGUGUUUGUACUGAUUUAUCCCCCCUCGGAAAAGGUGUAUUUUCCAACGCGAGACAGGUGGAAUGGGUGGUGUUGAUACGACUCGCUGGAAACCCCGCCGUACGAAGGGUACCGUGAUAUACAAGACACGAAACCAGUUCGCUUGGGCGGUGAUAGCGGCCGGCACCGCAAUCUUUGCCACCUAUUACACUGUCGUGAGCUACGUUGGCGGUGAUGGUCUGAAGGAGCGCCUGAGGCGGGACUUUUUCGAGAAGACUGAGGAGGAGGUGGACCGCCGGAAUCUGAUGCGGUUUAGCUUGGUCGCACCAAAGCGAGGCGACACGAUACGGAAGCUGCUCGAGGAGGAGAAGGACGAUCAGACGAAGAAGUAGAGAUGAGCAAACGGUUACGGUUCGCGAAGCUAAGGCUUGGCAAGCCGAUCGAACCGGGCGAGCCGGCACCGGUGGCGGUUCCUGCUGAGGCAAAUGUUUGGUAAUGUUCUGUUUUAGAGAAUUCCGGGUAGUUGGCAAGGACCAUCUGUAUCUGUAGUUUGUAGCUAGUCAAUAAAGUAAAGGUUACCAAGGA